AUGCGUUGGAUUGUGUUUCACAGUAACCACAGUCAAUUGUGGUAUUUUGGACCCAGUAAUUGCAGUGACCUCUCAAAAGUACUGCAGUACAGAAAAAAACCCUGUUCUUUUGGAUGCAUUAUUUGUAGCAUACUGCAGUUAUACUGCACUCUGACUGCAGGUAUACUGCAGCUAUACUUCACUCUGACUGCAGGUAUACUGCAGCUAUACUUCACUCUGACUGCAGGUAUACUGCAGCUAUACUUCACUCUGACUGCAGGUAUACUGCAGCUAUACUUCACUCUGACUGCAGGUAUACUGCAGCUAUACUUCACUCUGACUGCAGGUAUACUGCAGCUAUACUUCACUCUGACUGCAGGUAUACUGCAGCUAUACUUCACUCUGACUGCAGGUAUACUGCAGCUAUACUUCACUCUGACUGCAGGUAUACUGCAGCUAUACUUCACUCUGACUGCAGGUAUACUGCAGCUAUACUUCACUCUGACUGCAGGUAUACUGCAGCUAUACUUCACUCUGACUGCAGGUAUACUGCAGCUAUACUUCACUCUGACUGCAGGUAUACUGCAGCUAUACUUCACUCUGACUGCAGGUAUACUGCAGCUAUACUUCACUCUGACUGCAGGUAUACUGCAGCUAUACUUCACUCUGACUGCAGGUAUACUGCAGCUAUACUUCACUCUGACUGCAGGUAUACUGCAGCUAUACUUCACUCUGACUGCAGCUAUACUUCACUCUGACUAUGUCCCUAAGAUGUCGCUAUGGCGUGACGGAGCAUCAGUCCCUAAGAUGUCCCUGAGACGUGACGGAGCAUUAGUCCCUAAGAUGUCCCUGAGACAUGACGGAGCAUUAGUCCCUAAGAUGUCCCUGAGAUGUGACGGAGCAUUAGUCCCUAAGAUGUCCCUGAGACGUGACGGAGCAUUAGUCCCUAAGAUGUCCCUGAGACAUGACGGAGCAUUAGUCCCUAAGAUGUCCCUGAGACGUGACGGAGCAUUAGUCUCUAAGAUGUCCCUGAGACGUGAUGGAGCAUCAGUCCCUAAGAUGUCCCUGAGAUGUGACGGAGCAUUAGUCCUUAAGAUGUCCCUGAGACGUGACGGAGCAUUAGUCCCUAAGAUGUCCCUGAGACGUGACGGAGCAUCAGUCCCUGAGACGUGA